UGCUUUUUUUGUUUAAAUUUAUCACAUUUUGUGGCAUUUUUCCCAAAUAAGGAGUUGUUUAUGAGGCACAGACACCUCUUGGUUGGCUGUGCUCCAUGCUGAGUCUGUGUUUCCUGCUCAUAGUUUGGUUAGGGCUCAUGUUUGUGCUGGCACAUAAAACUCUCCCAUCUGACUUACAGUUUGCAGGUGGCUCGUGUAUUGAAACCUACAGACUUGGAGCCAGAAAUAUGAAACCAAACAUAAUUUUAUUUGUCUGGUCUUCCUAUGCAAAAUGACCCAAAGGAGAUAAUUACUCAUUAGGGUUGAGUUCUGCCUCAGAACGGGGAUCAGAUGCUGAGUUAAGGGAGGAGGAGAAACGGAGGAAGAGGAGGAGGGGAACCAACUUACUGGCACCGCCUGCCAGAUUCACAGCAGAUCUGAGCUUAUCGCAUCAUCGCAUCUAACCAUAAAUUACUGCUUCAGCCAGACAAGGGGGUCUUCACUGAGCCUGCACGGCUGACAUCUCAACGAGGGAGUUACUUCUAUUCUCAUGCUCUAGAGAUAAACCCUUAUUUUACCUCUUAUCUUCUUUGAUCACCAUCUCUUCUCUCAAUCUCUCUUCGGAGCCGGUGGCAUAUUGGACGCGCUGGAUGGCCGCUGCACCUACGGACCGGUGUGAAUAGUUUUCUUUCUUUAUUCCCCCCUCUCCAUCCAGCCUCAUCUUAAUUUUUCCUCUGACUCCAAGAGGCUGAGCACAAAACAGGAGCAGAAGCAAUGGAAGACCAGGUGACCCAGGAGUCCUGCGCCGUCCCGGAGCCGACGGUUGUGGAUCCCUGGCCAGCCACAGUGCGGAACGGCCAGUGCGCCGCGGAUGGCUUCACCAACCACCAGCAGCAGCAAGCCAAGACCCCCACAGAUCCGGAGUCUUUCACAGUCAACCAGGAGAUGAAGAUUACUGACAAUGUGGACGGAGAAGGUCUUCUUGAGAGCAGCAUGCGCCUGAAACCCCACGAGGCUCAGAACUACAGGAAGAAAGCUCUCUGGGUCUCCUGGGUCUCCAUUGUGGUCACACUUAUCCUGGCUGUGGCAGCUUUCACUGUUUCCUUCAUGAGACACAGCGCAUCAGCCUUUGGAUUUGCUUUUGAUGCCACACUGGAUGUCAUGUCAUCAGCCAUCGUCAUUUGGCGUUACAGCAACGCAGCAGCUGUUCACUCUGCACACAGAGAGUACAUAGCAUGUGUGAUCCUGGGGAUUGUGUUUAUUCUCUCCUCACUGUGCAUCCUGGGAAAAGCCAUCCAUGAUCUGGCCACUAGGAUGCCUCCAGAAGUGGAUGACUUCCUCUACAGCGUCUCCAUAGUGAGCGGUCUCAGUUGUGCUGUGCUGGCUGUGGCCAAGUUCAUGCUGGGAAAAAAGCUGACCAGUCGGGCACUUAUUACUGACGGGUUUAACUCGAUGGUUGGAGCAAUCAUGGGAUUCUCAAUUCUCAUCAGUGCUGAAGUGUUCAAGCACCAUCCCGAUGUCUGGUUUCUGGAUGGCACCAUUGGGGUUUUAAUCGGACUAAUCAUUCUGGCCUAUGGAGUCAAGCUCCUGAAAGACAUGGUGCCACGGGUCAGGCAGACGAGGAACUACGAACGCUUCGAAUGAAAGAGCCCGAGACUAAUCAGAUUAGCAGUUUUAGACACACACACCCACCCACACACACCUGGGUGCCUCCUGCCCUCUUCUCUCCUCUCAUGUUUCAUACACUCAUCCACACACUGCUUGUACAUUCACUAUUACGGCAUAUAUCAUGCUCUGUUACAUGCAUAUAUGUGAAUAUACACUUUUGCUGUACAUACUGUACAUAGUGCACUCCAGCAUUCAAUUACUCAAGUCUGAGAGACCUUGAGAGAUAAUGUCAUUAUUGAAGAUCUUCUCAGCUCAGAGUUUUUUUUUUCCUUGUUCUCUUAAAUAGCUCCUAAAUCCAUCAAGUUAAAAUGACACCCUGGAUGAGGAAGAGGCGAGAUCAUGAAGUCAAAAGCUCAAGAAGUGCUUUGGGUUUGUUGAGGAAGGCAGAGACAGACGUCAAUGCAGAUUUUUAUGUUGAUGGUGUCUUUAAAUAAGGCCUUCUGGAAAAAAAAUGGGUUUAUCCAUGUAAUUUACUAAAGAAGACAUUCAAUGGGUAUUUUAGAGAGAAACCUUUCCUUCAUUGUCAGACUCUUGCUCUAAGCUGCCCAUUAAUUUACAAACUUUAUCAUUUCAAGUGACUAUUAAGCAGAUGUGUGUUAAACAGAGGAAUUCUUCUGAGAUUAGCCUCUUAAAUUAACUCUAAGACAUAAAAACAGGAGGAGAAACGGUUAAUGCUAUAUCUUCCUGAAACAUUAGCAACUUUCAGUUAGGUGACUGGGUUAAGAUAAAAGGACUCAUUAAGCACAAACAUUUGCCAUAAAAUGGUAAUGGAGAUAAAGUUCAGUGCACAAAUCUGGAACUGUUUGAUUUUUUUGUUUUCUUUCUGUAAUAAGGUUAAGCACAAAUUAAUGAAUCAGCUAUGAUAAUGUACACUUGUUGACAGCUGCUGACGGCUGAUCAUUGAGCCACCUUGGGCCACACAAAGCCUUAAUUUUUUUUUUUUUUCAUAUAUUGUCAUGUUGAAAUUAAAUGUACUUUUAAGAGAUUUUAAGUUAAACAAAAACAAAAGGUAGUGUGUAAUUAUGAAGUGUUCAGAGAAAAUCUUUUUUUUUUUAUCAAUGCAAAUGUGAAAAGUGUCAUGCAUUUGUUAUCAACCCCCCUGAGUCAAUGCAUUAAAGCAGACAGGUACUAUUAAAAGCACCUUUUGCUGCAUUUAAAGCAGAGUAGUACCUGUAUUGUAUCUUUGACUUUACAGUAGUCCAUCAUACUGAGUAUGCAUGUGGCGACCAUUCAGAGGAAAAACUCCCCUCUAGCAGGAAGAAACCUCCAACAUAGCCUGGCUUAGUACAAGCUGCAAUUUGCCACGACCGACUCAGCUUUUGAGAAGGCAGAGCAGAUUCACAAAAAAGAAACAAAAGAACGGAUGUAGUACUUCAUAUGUUAAUAAAAAUUAAGUUAAUAGCAGCAGAGGAACAUGUUUCCCCCAUCAAGAAAGGUACCACAGCCAAACAGAAUGCCAGACCUCAUGUAGCUUCUAUGGAGGAAAAGAAAACUGAGAGAACAUUCAGUUCGCAGCUGAAAUGACAGCAAAUAUUGCAAAUCGAAGUGAAGUAGAAGAAGAAAGUAGCAGAGUGAUGAAAAGUGCUAAGCCUAUAGCAACAUAACUGCAGAGAUAGCUCAAAAUUACCCAACUCCUUAAACUGAAGCUUUAGAGAGACAAAGCCAAAAAUAAAAUAAAAAUAUUAAAACAGAACAAAUAAGCUGUAAAGUAAGGGGAAACUUACAGCAUAAGAAAAUACUGUACAGUUAUUAAAAACAACGUAGUCCGAUCAAAAGAAAUGUGCAACUGAGCAGGAUAAUAUAAAAAAUGACCAAAAAUGUGCAUAAGAAAAUCAACAGAAUACUUACAAGAAGUAAAAAGUAGAGGGCGCCAAAUAUAAAUGCAGUAAAAAAAAAUAUUUUUUGAUGGAAAGGUUUGUAAAUGAUGCAGCUUACAAGUUUGUCUUGUACAUGAAAAAUGUGGGAAAAAAUUCAAGAGAUAGUACUUUGAUAGUAUUUUCUUAAUUUAUCUUAACUGCUAAAAUUAAGAACUGCAUUGGACUCAAUUUAAUUGCAGUGUGGUGUUCAUAUAUUUUCAUUAAUUUUUUCUGCUGCAAAAAUCACUUCAAUCAUUUUUCUACUUGAAAUUGUGAAAGAGAGGGUGCAGUCUCACCUGGCAAUAAUGAGGUUUAAAUAAGUGUUGACUUUCAUACCAUUCUCGUUGUUCGUACACGUUACGGUGUGAGAAUGCUGCACUAAACCCAGGGAGGGUGUUUUUUAUUAUGACUUGAAAUCCAGUUAUUUUAGUCAGUUGUCUAUUUUUUACUCACUGUAACAUCAAAGAAGAAACUUGAGCAACUUUAGUGCAAUGACAAAGAUCAAGCAGCUUGUAGAAAACCAAUUUAGUGACUCAGUGUUCUCUGUAAGUCUGAUUAUAUGUUCAUCAACCCUUUCUUCAUCAUCUCCUCCCAAUAUAAUUCUAAUGUUUAUCAUUACAUGCAAUGAACAGAAUGUAACAACAUAGCACAUGCUCUGUAAAUAUGUUUAUUACACUGUUCAGAAGUAUAAAGCAUAUCGUAUAAAAGUAUAAACUGGUUAUAGUUGCAUAUUCUUAAACAUGUUUCCUCCGUAGUGUGAAUAUACUGUAAAUGUCUUACAUUUUUACUGUAGAUUAUUGGUGAAAUGAAACGACAAGUCUUACUGUAAGUUGCUGCUGUGGGUGAACAUUCCUGAAAGGGUCUAGGCAUGCUCUGGCUGCUCAGUCCAAGCCUCAACUCUUGUGCAGCUGCUUAAAAAAUAUUCUUUACUCACCUAAAUCUGAGUCAAAACACUGUUCAUCAUGUCUGAGCAACAACCACACUUUAAUCGCACAUGAAUCCAUUUUUAUUGAAGCAUAAAUACAUAUUUAGGAGUGUUUAUAUGCUCAAAUUCAUGAAGAGCUUACAUAGUAUAAAAGUAUAUUUCAAGGUCUCAGUUCUUCAUUUUAUAAUGAAUAAAUAACGAUUGACUGCCCUCUUAAGGUUGGUAGAAGAAUUACAAUGGUUUCAUUCAAAACUCAAAAUCCCAAGUAAAAACUCCAUAUUUUUAUCUGCAGCUGAACAGAGUUAUAAAAGCGUUGUGGAGUUAUGAUCAGAUCUGAGUUGAUGUGUUUAGCAAAGUGUAACAUAUCUGUUAUCUUUAGUUCCACUGUGUGAAGAACAUGGAUAAGCUGCAAACUGAAGGUGUGAAUCGGUUCACAUCAGUUCAACUCACCAACUGCACACUGAUUUGUAAUGUCCUCCACUCCCCUCUUAACUGCACAGAAGACAAUCUCUACAGUGACUCUCCUGUAAGUCAAGCACAGUUUUUAGAUGCCGAAGUAACCCCUUAUUGCACAGAAAAACAUUCACUGUAAACCAGCUUGCUUCCCUUUACACCAGAUUAAGACUGCAACAUGAUUUCUAGACCCUCCAAUGCGAACUACAAAUCGGUGUAUCAAAAAUCUCAGUAGUACUAUUCACAUAACACAGUACUAUUCCCACAUUUGUCUUUACAAAGAGGUUUUCUACUCCUCUACCAAGCUUUGCUUUGAAGGAGAAAGCACCAUAAAGAGCAUGGAAACAUAAAUGUGUGGAGUUUUUGUACAGUGUUGAGCGCCACAUAGCUUGCCAUUUUGGGCAAUAAUUAUAAAUUAAUGCAGUGCUUUAAGGAGUUGUGCUGCCUUUGUUGUAAAAUUAACGCUGCCAGCCAGGCAUGAGUCUUGUGCAUGCUGAAACAGUGUGAAAUUUCUUGCUAAAUGGCAUCGGAGGAUUCAUUAACCUCGAUGUUUCCUAUGACCUCUCCAAGACCAUGCAAAGACUACUUUUUAAGGUCACAGUGUGGUUUUACUCCAGUGUAAAGGGGGCUGAAUAAUAGUGCUUAUACUCCAACUCUGUUGCGCAUUUCACAAGUUAUUGUGAAAACAAAAAGAACAUUUUUAAAUUUUAGGAUGUUGGCACCAAAAUCCAUUCUACCUCUCUUCUUUGCACCUUGCGUUGUUUUCAUGCCACUUCAUGUUGGAGCAUACAUGCUUUUCAGUUUCCAUGUUAAAGUUAAGCAGCUCGUCAAUUGAUACAUGUCGUAGUAAUUUAAUCCCUCUUAUUUUUUUAGGAGCAUUUGAAACAACAUCAGACUCUCUUUAGUCUACAAACAUAUCUGAAUCAUCAACAUGUGUCAGUUUGGGUGAAAUAACUUGUCUCUGUUUCAAGUGGGCAUGCUGUCAAUGCAGAAAUGGACCAUUCAUUCCAUCAAAUUAUACAAUGUUUUUGAAAGCAAUACAAACCAGCUCUCUGUUGCCAUAGGUUUUGCAUGGGCUUUUAAAAACCCAACAGUGUCGGUGGCUACAAAUGCUUUGCAUCCACACACACACACACACACACACACACAGAUGUAUAAAUGAAUUUACAAAGAAUCUAUGUAACUAAUCGUUUGUUUGUACAAUGACGGCGUUGAUGGUAUUACAGAUGAUGUGAACAUAAUUUAUGUAAAAGAACAUUAAGAAAAUAUGUAUGUCAAUGAAGAGAGUUUUAUUGAUUGAGUAAAUAAAGUUUUUUUUCUGGUUGAUCAUC